AGUCUGAGCUGGAGGGGAAACAUCUGACAGAGCCGAGGAGAGGAAAGGUUCUUUGACAAUGAUGGCGCAAAUGACCACUUCUCCUUUCUAUCACGCCAACUCAACUGAUGAAAACGGGAUUAACAGUUCUUGGUAUGAAGAGUACGACUACAGAGAUGAUAAUUUCUCCAAAAAUGAUCACAAGGAGUUGAGACAGUCACUCAACAUCAUGUCUCUGAUUGUUUACUCCCUGGCCUUUGUCCUCGGUGUGCUCGGGAAUGGAGUGGUUAUCUGGGUGACCGGCUUCAAGAUGAAGAAAACUGUGAACACAGUUUGGUUCCUCAACCUUGCUGUGGCUGACUUCCUCUUCACAGCAUUCCUGCCGCUGAGUGUCACAUACACAGCUAUGGAUUUCAACUGGCCGUUUGGGAAAUUCAUGUGCAAGCUGAACACCACCAUAAGCUUUCUGAACAUGUUUGCCAGUGUCUACAUCCUGGUGGUGAUCAGUGUGGACAGAUGUGUGUCUGUGGUUUGGCCUGUUUGGGCCCAGAACCACAGAAAUGUUCGAAGGGCCUCUUGUGUGAGUCUGUGUGUUUGGGCUCUGGCUUUAAUACUCAGCGCACCGUACUUUGUCUUCAGGGACACUGGUUUAUCAGAACACAAUGAAGACAUCAUCUGCUUUAACAACUUUGCUUUCUCUGAUGAUUAUGUAACCCAGUCUGUGAUACAUUUACGACUGUGUCGCCAUCAGGCCAUGACCAUCACUCGAUCAGUCCUUGGGUUUGUCAUCCCCUUCUCUGUCAUCGUCUCCUGUUAUGCCGUCAUAAUCCAUCGACUAAGCAGAAACCGCACCUUGGCUAGCCAGUCAAGUCGUCCUUUUAAGAUCAUCGCUGCCAUCAUCGUCACCUUUUUCCUUUGCUGGGCUCCCUUUCACAUCAUGGGUUUGAUUGAGCUGGUGCAUCACAUGACAAAUUAUGCCAAUGAAACAUUUGAUCACAUUGUUAUGAUUGGAGUCCCAAUCACAACAAGUCUGGCCUUCCUGAACAGCUGCAUGAACCCACUGCUGUAUGUGUUUAUGGGCCAAGAUUUUAAGGAUAAAGUCCGCAAAUCCAUCCUGAAGGUGUUGGAGACUGCCUUCCAGGAGGAGGUGUCUCGCUCCUACACCUACACAAACUCAAUGAUCACCAUCCGGAGCAAAGACAAGUCCUUCUCUGACGCUGAGGUGUAA